AGACAUUCGGUCCAGGCAGCGGACGGCACCCAUCAACCGGACCUCCAACAAAGCCGAACUAUGAAGACAUUUCACUUGUUUGGUCUCAUUGUGAUGGCCGCCAUCAUUUCUCAGUUAUAUACAGAAGUUGACGGAAAAUACCUCGGAUGUUACCAAGAUAAAGUUAGCCCAAGGUUAAUGAAUUUCGUGCGACAUUAUGUAGAAAGUGUAACACAGUGUCUCAGAAUUUGCCACUCGCAUAAUUUUAAGUAUGCUGGACUACAAUAUGGCACAAAAUGUUUUUGCGGAAAUCGAUACGAUACAUAUGGAAAAUCAAUGGGUUGCUACAGGAAAUGCAAAAGCGGCGAAUUGUGUGGCGGAUACUUGGCAAGUUCAGUGUAUACCUCUGAACCACCUAAAGAAAGUUGUAUAAACGCUGUUGCUGACGUGGUAUUUGCGUUGGAUGAAUCUGGCAGUGUGACAAGCUCAAACUUCUUCAUUGUGAAACAAUUCGUAAAAGACCUCAUCCACGCCUUCCCAGUUUCCUAUACCGGUGUUCACAUUGGCAUAAUUACAUUCAGUUCGAAAGUGAAAAAUGAAUUCAAUUUGAACACGUACUACACUUACGGAGAAUUAUUCAAAGCCAUUGAUCAGAUCGAGUACAACGAAGGCGCCACAUAUACGAAUAAGGCUCUGGAUUUUAUACGAUUGCAUUCAUUGACUCCUGAAGCGGGAGACAGGAAAAAUGUUCCAAAUAUAGUUAUUGUUAUCACGGACGGGAAGUCAUCCCGUUCCGAUGACACAAAACAAGCAGCAGAAUUAUUAAAGUCAACCGGAGCUGUAAUCUUUGCUAUAGGCGUUGGAAAGGAGAUAUCAAAUGAGGAACUUCUUAGAAUAUCUUCUGAUGAAAAUAACAAAAAUGUGUUCACUGUAAUGAAUUUCUCGGCAUUAAAAAGUAUUGAAAAGAAUUUAAUUGUGAAAGCGUGCGAUGAUAUCGAACCAUGCGCUCGUAAACCCUGUAAAAAUGAAGGAACAUGUUCAAAGAAUGGCACAAAUUUUGUUUGUACGUGUAAAUUUGGAUAUACAGGCCGUGACUGUUCAAUCGCGGAUCCUUGUACGAGUAGGCCUUGCCAAAAUGGAGGAUUCUGUGCAAAACGUGGUACAAGUUAUCUCUGCUUUUGUCCAGCAGGCUUCAGAGGAAGACAUUGUUCUAUAGGAAAUCCAUGUGCGUUGAGACCUUGUAAGAAUGGUGGAAUAUGUUUGCAGAAUACAAAAGGAUUUACUUGCGAAUGUAAACCAGGAUAUAGAGGAAGUGAUUGUUCUAUAUUGGAUCCUUGUAGCAGCCAACCUUGUCAAUAUGAAGGAAUUUGCAGUAAUACAAGAGAUGGAUUUGUAUGUCGUUGCAAGCCUGGUUUUAGAGGGAUCGAUUGCUCUACAGUUGACCCUUGCAGCAGCAAUCCGUGUCUCUAUGGUGGUUCCUGUUCAAAUCAAGGAGCAAAUUUUACCUGUCAGUGUAGGCCAGAAUUCAGAGGAAAUGACUGUUCUAUUAUUGACCCAUGCAGUUUAACGCCUUGUAAAUAUGAAGGGAAAUGCAUAAAUCAUGGCUUUAAUUACUCCUGUCUAUGUAAACCGGGAUUUAGAGGUAUCGACUGCUCCAUUAUCGAUCCUUGCAGCACAGAUCCUUGUAAGAACGGAGGCUCAUGUACAAAACAAGGAACAGAUUUUGAAUGCAAAUGUAUUCCUGGUUUUACAGGGGAAACCUGCGAUGUUGUUGAUCCUUGUAGCAGUAAACCAUGUUUAAAUGAUGGGGUGUGCAUAAAUCAAGGAACUUCUUUCAAAUGUAUAUGUAAGACAGCUUACAGUGGAUAUGUCUGUUCUGUGGUUGAUCCAUGCAGUAGCUCACCAUGUCUUUAUGGAGGCAUAUGUUCUAACCAAGGAACGGAUUAUAUAUGUCAGUGUCAGCUGGGAUACACGGGAAACGAUUGUUCUACAGUUGAUCCAUGCAGCAGCAACCCUUGUCAAAAUGGAGGUCUUUGUUCUAACGUAAAUACAAGUUUUUCCUGUCAGUGUCAACCAGGGUACAGAGGAAAUGAUUGUUCGAUAGUUGAUCCAUGCAGCAGUCAUCCAUGCCACAAUGGAGCCGUGUGUACGAACAAGGGACGUAACUACAGUUGUCAAUGUUUACCGGGAUACAGAGGGUUCAAUUGUUCCAUAGUGGAUCCGUGCGACAGUAAUCCGUGUCAGAAUAAUGGACAAUGUUUAAACAAGGACUCGGAUUUUGUAUGUCAAUGUCUGCCCGGCUACAGAGGAGUUGACUGUUCCAUAAAUGAUCCCUGCAGCAGCAAUCCAUGUUCUAAUAAUGGAGAUUGUUCAAAUCAAGGAGGUGACUAUACGUGCAAAUGUAUUCCUGGUUAUCGGGGAAAGAAUUGCUCUAUAGUUGAUCCAUGUAGCAGUGAUCCUUGUGAAAAUGGAGCAACGUGUACAAAUAAUAACACAGAUUUCAUAUGCCAGUGUCCACCGGGAUUUCAAGGAACAAAUUGCGCCAUUGUUGAGCCAUGCAGCAGCAGACCUUGUAAGAAUAAUGGGAUAUGUUCGAACCUUGGAACAAAUUAUACGUGCCAGUGCUUACCAGGAUUUAGAGGCGAUAAUUGUGAUAUAGUCGAUCCAUGUAGCAGUGGGCCAUGUAACAAUGGAGGAAACUGUUCAAAUCUCGGAUCGACAUACAAAUGCAACUGCCUUCCAGGAUUUAGAGGAAAAGAAUGCGAAAUAGUCGAUCCUUGUAGCAGUAAUCCAUGCAAAAACGGAGGUGAAUGCACGAAGCAGGGAAAGAAAUUCAUUUGUGACUGUGAACCAGGAUAUAGAGGAUAUGAUUGCUCAAUAGUCGAUCCAUGUAGUAGUGACCCAUGCCAAAAUGAAGGAAAAUGUACAAACGCCGGCCAUAAUUUCACAUGUAAUUGUAAUCCAGGUUUCAGAGGAACAGUUUGUUCUAUAAUUGAUCCAUGUGGUAAUAAACCGUGUCAAAAUGGAGCGCUUUGUUCAAAUAUAGGAUCGAACUUUACAUGUCAUUGUCUGCCAGGCUUUAUAGGAGACACAUGCGAAAUAUACGAUCCUUGCAGUAGUGACCCUUGCCAAAAUGAAGGAAUAUGCACAAAUGAAGAACCAGCCUUUAGCUGCUUGUGCAUGCCUGGAUAUACGAAAUCAGAUUGUUCUGGUGUCGAUCCAUGCAGCAGUAGUCCAUGUGAAAACGAUGCACUAUGUAUAAAUGCUGGAUCAUCCUUCACUUGUAUAUGCAAACCAGGAUUCCGAGGAAAUACUUGUCUCAUCGUUGAUCCCUGCAGCAGUGGACCGUGUCAAUAUGGAGGAACAUGCACAAACAACGGAUCAAAUUAUACAUGUGAUUGCAAUAUUGGAUACAUUGGACAGAACUGUUCUGUAUUCGAUCCAUGCAGCAGUGAUCCAUGUCAAUAUGAGGGAACAUGCUUAAACCACGACACGACAUAUCAAUGUGCAUGCAAGCUUGGAUACAGAGGGAAGGAUUGUUCAAUAGUUGAUCCCUGUAGCAGUAAUCCAUGCCAGAAUGAAGGACUCUGCACAAACGAUGGUUACGAUUUCACAUGUCAGUGUAUGGAAGGUUUUAGAGGAUCUCGCUGUGAAAUAGUUGACCCAUGCAGUUCUGGUCCCUGUCAAAACGAAGGAAUUUGCAGAAAUCAAGGAAAAAAUUACACAUGUCAGUGUAACCCAGGUUUCAGAGGUUACGAUUGUUCUAUUGUUGACCCAUGUAGCAGCACUCCAUGUCAAUAUGGAGGAACGUGCACCAAUGAAGGAAGAAACUUUACUUGUCAAUGUACGCCAGGAUAUAGAGGAGGAGAUUGUUCUGUAGUUGAUCCAUGCAGCAUUGACCCAUGUAAGAACGCUGGAACAUGUUCAAACAAUGGCUCAGAUUAUAUGUGUCUAUGUGUCCCUGGAUAUCGAGGAAAAGAUUGUUCUAUAGUUGAUCCGUGCAGCAGCAAUCCGUGUCAAAAUGGAGGCAUCUGUUCCAAUCAAGGAAAGAAUUUUACAUGUAAAUGCCCGCCGACAUUUAAGAAAUUCGAUUGUUCUUUAAUUCAUCCGUGUGGUAGCAAUCCAUGUGAAAAUGGAGGUAUUUGUUUGAAUAAUGGAUCAAAUUUUCUAUGCCAGUGUAAUCCAGGAUUUAGGGGAAAAGAUUGUUCCAUAGUGGAUCCCUGUAGCAGUAAUCCGUGUCAAAAUGGCGGCAAGUGUACUAAUGCAGGCGCAAAUUUUACGUGCAACUGUCUUCCAGGAUUUAGAGGAAAUCUUUGCUUAAUAGUUGAUCCGUGUAGUAGCAACCCGUGUGAUAAUGAAGGCAUAUGCUUAAACCGAGGACGUAAUUACUCAUGUGAAUGCAAACCUGGUUUCAGGGGACAUAACUGUUCAAUAGUUGAUCCAUGCAGUAGUACUCCAUGUCAGAAUGGAGGAGAAUGCACAAACGUCGGGUCUACUUUUGUGUGUAAUUGUGCUGUCGGUUAUACACUUAGCAAUUGCUCCGAAUUCAACCCUUGCCACAGUGACCCCUGCCAAAACAACGGAACAUGUAGUAUCACAGAAUCAGAUUACGAAUGUCAAUGUCUUCCAGGAUUCAAGGGACCUACGUGUUCAAUUAUUGACCCAUGUAGCAGCGGUCCAUGUCGAUACGGUGGAAAAUGCUCAAAUCACGGAUCUGUUUUCAAAUGCAAGUGCAAACCAGGUUAUAGGGGAACACAUUGCUCAAUAAUUGACCCAUGUAGCAGCAACCCAUGUAAACAUGGAGGAACAUGUUUCAAUAGGGGAAGUAAUUUUACAUGUGACUGCAAUCUUGGAUUUAGAGGCCCUACGUGUUCUAUUGUCGACCCUUGUAGUAGUAAUCCGUGUCAAAAUGGCGGCAUUUGCUCAAACCAUGGAGAAAAUUAUACUUGCGAAUGUUUACAAGGAUACAAAGGAAAUGAUUGUUCAGUCGUAUCUCCAUGUGACAAGAAUCCGUGUUUGAAUAACGGCCUAUGUAAAAACAACGCAACGAAUUUCAUAUGUGACUGUCAAAUUGGAUAUAGCGGAGAGACCUGUUCUGAUGUUAUCCCCUGCGAUAGAGAGCCGUGUCAAAAUGAAGGAGAUUGUACAAACGAAGGAGAGGAUUACAAAUGCGAAUGUAAAGAGGGCUUCAAAGGAAAGGACUGUGAAAUUGUUGACCCAUGCAGCAGUAACCCAUGUGAUAAUGGUGGAACAUGCAAAAACCGUGGUGAAACUUACAAAUGCUUUUGUUCGCCUGGAUAUAGUGGAUCAGAUUGCUCAAUAGUCGAUCCAUGUAAAAGCCAGCCAUGCGAAAAUGGUGCGACCUGUGUAAACAACGGGACAAAAUACACUUGCAAAUGUACACCCAGCUACGGUGGUAAAGACUGUACGAAAUUUAAGCCAUGCAGUAUGGCACCGUGUGUAAAUGGUGGAACAUGUUUAGAAACUGGUUCUACUUACGUAUGCCUUUGCUUAACCGGAUACUUCGGAAGGAAUUGCUCAAAAGUUGACCCCUGCAAAAGUGCACCUUGUCUGAAUCAUGCAACCUGUAGUUCCAAUAUGUUGAAUUACACUUGCCAUUGUCCAACCGGGUUCAAAGGAAAGAAUUGUGAAAUUGCUGUACCAUGUAGCAGCAAUCCAUGUGAAAAUGGUGGAAAAUGCAUAAACCAAGGUUUGAAUUUCACAUGUCGUUGUUUACCCGGAUAUCGAGGAAAGACUUGUUCAAUCGCUGAUCCUUGUAGCAGCGAUCCAUGUCAAAACGGAGGAGUAUGUGAGAAUCAAGGAUUCAAUUAUACUUGUCGUUGUCUACCUGGAUUUGGAGGGGAAGAUUGUGAAAUUGUUGAUCCAUGCAGCAGUAAUCCCUGCAACAAUGGCGGAAGUUGCAUAAAUAAUAGGACAUCCUUCACAUGCCACUGUACACCAGGAUAUAGAGGAAAUGCCUGCACAAUUCUCGAUCCUUGUAGUAGUCAUCCGUGUCAAAAUGGCGGAAAAUGUACCAAUGUCGGUUCAAAUUUUACGUGCGAAUGUUUACCUGGAUUCAGAGACGAAGUCUGCUCAACAGUUGAUCCAUGUCACAGUCAACCCUGCGAAAAUGGUGGAAUCUGUAAGAUCAUAGGUACAGAUUUUGCAUGUUAUUGUAGAAGUGGAUAUUAUGGAAGGAAUUGCUCAAUAGCUGAUCCGUGCCGCGUUCGUCCCUGCAAAACAAUGCCACGCGCCUCCACAAGUUUAAUAUUAUUCAUCAUGAUAUUCAGUAGACUAAAGUCACGCGAUGGAGGUUCGGCGCCCAUGACUGAAGAUUCUCGUGACCCUUGCCUAAGUCAACCAUGUAAUAAUGGGGCAACAUGCUUGAACAACGGAUCGAACUUUAGCUGCCAAUGUCCUCCCGGAUUCAAUGCUCGGUGCUCAGUAGUUGAUCCUUGCCACAGUGAUCCAUGCAAGAAUGGAGGUACAUGCCAAGAGGAAGAUUCAAGUUACAUAUGUCUAUGUCCACCAGGGUUUGGAGGAGAUGACUGUUCAAUAGUUGAUCCUUGCUACAGUGAUCCAUGUAAAAAUGGAGGUACAUGCCAAGAAGAAGAUUCAAGUUACAGAUGUCUAUGUCCAGGGUUUGGCGGAGAUGACUGCUCAAUAGUUGAUCCUUGCCACAGCGAUCCAUGCAAGAAUGGAGGUACAUGCCAAGAAGAAGAUUCAAGUUACAGAUGUCUAUGUCCACCAGGGUUUGGAGGAGAUGACUGUUCAAUAGUGGAUCCAUGUAGCAGUCAACCAUGUCUAAAUGGAGCAUCGUGUAUCAACAACGGUUCAACGUUUAUUUGUCAAUGUCAACUUGGAUUCAAGGGUCUUCUCUGUACGAUAGUUGAUCCUUGCCACAGUGAUCCAUGCAAGAAUGGAGGUACAUGCCAAGAGGAAGAUUCAAGUUAUAGAUGUAUAUGUCCACCAGGUUUUGGAGGAGAUGACUGUUCACUGGUUGCUCCAUGCAGUUCCGAUCCUUGUCUAAAUGAUGGAAUAUGUGUCGAGGAAGGAUCCGAAUUCACUUGUCAAUGCAAGGCAGGAUUUACUGGAAAAGAUUGUUCCAAAGUCGACAUCUGCCAUUGUAACCCUUGCAAGAAUAAUGGAAUAUGUACCAGCAACGGCGAUUCAUUUUCCUGUGAAUGUAAGUCUGGUUUCAAAGGAACUGAUUGUGCUGAAGUUACUUCGCCGUGUGUUUGUAGCGUCUUUGGAGAUACCCAUUAUCAGACAUUCGAUGGUCAAAUUAUCCAUUUCAUGGGUACAUGCAAGUACCAACUGGUAAUUGAUAAGCCCAACUAUAAUCUGACACAUUUCGAAGUGGAUGUAAAGAACGAGAAAAGAGGACAUUCGGAUAUUUUUUACGAGCGCACAGUCGAGGUUCAGCUACAGAACACUACAGUCCGGCUUCUGCCGUUUAAUAGAAUUACGGUAAACUCAGAGGAAAGAUCAUUUCCAAUCCUCGACUCUACAGAAUUUUCAGCUUAUUUCGCAGCUGGCUGGACACUACUCAAAACAGAUUGGGGUCUAAAAGUAGAAUUUGACGGAAUUCAUCAAGUGAUCAUAACACUCCCGGCAACAUUUGCAAACAAAGUAACUGGACUUUGUGGUGAUUGUAACGGUUAUCAAGAUGAAAUGCACAAAAAGACAGAGAAGGAAAUUUUGCACAGCCCUACGAAGUUUACAGAUAUUGUGAAAAGUUAUCGAAUUCCAGAUGAAGACGAUACUCCUGACACAACAUGCGAAGCUAAUAAAAUCCCAAGCGAAUGUUGUAAAGAAAAGACAAUUCAAUGUGAACUAAUUACAAACAGUUCAGCAUUUGCAACUUGCAGAAUCAAUCAUGGAGCAAAUCUGUUUGAAACUUUCUUAGAUUCCUGUAAACGAGACAUUUGCAUAUAUGGUGAUGACGAGCCGAGUCUGAAAAUCGCUUUAUGUCGAGUGACUGAAUCAUUGGCAAAAUCUUGUCAAAUGGCAGGCACAAUUGUUAAUUGGAGACAGAGUUUCAAUUGCACAAAAGUUUGUCCAAAUAAACAAAUCUACAAGAUCCGAACUCCCACUUGCCAACCAACAUGCGUGAAUACUUCUCCAAAUUGCACAACGUAUACCGACGGUUGUGUAUGCGAACCUGAUUAUAUUCUUAGUGGUUCGGAAUGUGUUCCUAAAUCAAAAUGUGGCUGUCAAAAUGAAAAUCGUUAUCUACCAGUGCUGGAAGGUUAUUACUCUUCGGAUUGUCUAAAUAAAACCGAAUGCCAAGAAGGUCGGAAAGUAAUUAUGAAACCGAAAGUUCCCUGUGGUGAAAACAGCCAAUGCAGAAUUAAGGAUGGCAAACGUGGCUGUUUCUGCGACGAUGGAUUCACAUUUUACAAAGGCAAAUGUGAAAUGCUGGGGUCGACAGAUUUCAUUCGUGUACAGAAUGCUAAGUUAGAUACGAUACCCAUCUUUACGUAUGUGGUUCCACACCCUAAUUUGUGCGCGAAGAAAUGCCAGGAAUUAAAAGGAUGCCGGUCUUUCAACUAUGACAACGACCACGAAAUUUGUGAAUUGCUCUCUAGAAAUGCGGCUUCAAACAAUGUUUUGAGAUCCAUCGAUUGUAAAAACAGAGAUUAUUAUCAACGUAAAGGAUUUAAAAAUAUCAUUAAAGGAGCAAGUGUCGCCGAAUGUAGCAAACUAGUUGAAUAUCAUGCAGUAAAGACCUUUGCCGAUUGCUCUGCAUUGUGCGUUAUAAAGCAAUGCGUAGCCGAUGAGUAUUCCGAAAGCAAGCAAAUAUGCAAAGUAAUACCAACCAAUAGGAAUAGUUUUGAAUUAUACGGUAACGAGCCAUGGACCUUUUACGGACGAAACAUUUAAUCUUCUUUGCUGCGUGGAGGUCAAUCUACCAACCCCGUCAUAUUUUCUUUCUUGCAUAUGUCAAUAGCAUGUAAUGAUAUUUCCAAAAAUAAAAAUUUACCUCAUUUGA